UCCUUAGCAACGCUUGGUUCUUUGGGAGUGGUGGCGGUUGUUUCAACAUGGCGGCGGCGACAGAAGAGACUGGAAACUCGGGCAUAUUUUGGAAGAACUGCGUGUCUGACGAAGAGCAGCCUUUGGCAUUCAUUCCUGGAGUGGAUAGAGUUGUCAAAGCUCUUUCUUUCAGUCUGGGAUCAGACAGCAGCUACGGAUCUGGCAAAAGAGGCUCUAAGACGUCGGUAAAGCGGGUCUCCCUCUGCAAGAAUCCCUCCACACAAAACACAGCUGGCAGCAAACAGUUGUACCCCCCAAGUAAUAUUUCUGGGACAUACAGGAAGGAAAAAGUUCAACUCCAUAGGAGUUCAGCUGUGCCGACAGAGCAGAUCCUUCCCAACUCUCCUCACACUUCCUGUCCUGUGUUACAGAUGAUGCCUGGAAGCAACAAAGCUAAGAACGACGUCUCUUUGAAGGACCUUUGUCCUGAAGAUAAAAGGAGAAUUGCAAAUCUCAUUGAGGAAUUAGCCAGAGUUAGUGAGGAAAAGGAAGAGUCGGUACAGCGGCUGAAAGACGAGCAGGGGAAUUGUGAACGGAAGAUCCAGCAGCUGGAGCAGCAGAAUCUGACCAUAGCACAGGAGAGGGAGAGCCUACAGCGACAGUACAGAGAGUGCCAGGAAUUGCUUGGGCUCUACCAGCAAUAUCUUUCCCAGCAACAAGCACAGCUGAACCAGUCCAUUGCUCAGCUCAGCCAGCCCGCUCCACCCAGUGGGGUGCUCGGCAGCGAGGAAGCCCCCGGCAGGACAUCGGUGAGCAGAGCUAAUGGCUCAGCCUUUGAUGGCUCCUACCUCGGCCUCGCCGCCACCGAAGCACGUCGGAGCAGCGAUACAAGAAGACGAGCAGCACAGAUGUUGAAAAACUCCCCGUGUCCUUCCUGUUGCAAUGAGUUAAGCCCCUCUGAUGAGCCAGCCAGGCAGCAUGGCAGUCAGAGGAGGGGGUGCAGGGAGCCACACACAUGCUACAGAUGCCAGGGCGGCCAAGGCAGUUGUCAUGGCACAAGCUGUGGAACACUGAAAUUUAAAAGUGACCGCAGCUCCCGUCCUGAGGCUUGCCACCCCGACAUGUUUUGCCAAAGGGGGUGUGACAGGUCACACAACGGGAGUAAAAUGGACUCUCUAACCAGGCCUUCAUUGGGUCAUGAGGACUGGGAGAGGAAGAGGCACCAGCUGCUGAUGCAGAAGAUGCAGCUGGAAACAGAGAGGGACAAGCUGCAGGCGCGGCUGGCUGAGCAGGAGGAGAGGCUGAACAGACAAACCGAGCAGCUAAAACAGUCUUUUCUUGACCACAGCAGAAUUCAACAACACUCUCAAGCUGAGCUCAGCAGCUCAAACACUAGAAAUGGAGCUCCAGAGCCGGAGGGUCUUUCCUGCCAAGAUUUGUCCUCCAGGGUGUGUAAAGAUGCAGAAGCACAUCCUGAAGGACAAAGUCUGCAUGAAAAACACUCUCAAAGCCUACCGGUGUCCUCAGCCUGUGGAAAUGCGGACUUAUCAGAACAGCCCCGAAGGGACAUGGCCACUUCUCCGGCCAAGCCUCCUGAAGAUCUAAGAAAACCCAUCUUGGCUUCUGAAAACCACAGAAGCUCAGAAACAAGGUUGGAUUUCUCCAUGGGUGAAUUAUUGGAAGUGUUUAGUCCUGUUUCUGAGAAGUCCAAGCCAAGUGCUCGAAGAACCAAACCGUCACGACGCGUGUCGAGUCUCACGGGGCCUCAAUCUGUCUUCCAUGCCACUGCCGGGCCUCAUCUUCAGAGUUUUCACCAAGAUCUUGAAGAAAGCCAAAUUCUAGAAGAUAUUUUUUUUAUUUGCUGACAAAUGAGGAAAUUAGUCUUAAAAUAUCUUCUUGAUGACAUACAAUGUAAUUUUUCAACUUUUAAUUUUUUUUAUUUUUGAAUAAAAAUAUUGAUUGUAGUCUU